AUCUGCUUCAUUGCAGAGCACCCCCGUACUCUCUCUAUCCACCCCUCCUUGGUAUACCCCCCUAUCGACUCGUAUGGACGGGUAGCCUAUCUUAAUGAGGUCCUCGUAAAUAUCUUCUACACCUUCCUUGUUCCUUAUUAUUGGACUUUUGGUCCUCAGACACUCCUUCACAGACAAACUCAACGCUGUAUUGCGCCGGUCGCAGCAAUCACACUCACUAACUAGCACAAAUAUACACAAUGUUAUCACUAUGUGAACGUCGGUCCCUUGGCAUCCACGUUACCGAUAUGGACGCAGGGGAAUCUCAGCCACCGUUGUUGGGGGAGAAGCAUAACUUUGUAGUCGAGGAAGAAGAGUUAAAGUUGGAGGCCGAAGGUUGUUCGGGGGUUUCAAGGACACAGCUUUCUUUGAUUUACUCUUUGCAUUUAGCAGAAGCUAUUGUCGCUUCGAGCUUGCAACCGCAGCUUUACAUGUUAUUACGUGAUAGUCAGCUUUGCGGAAGUGUUAACUCGGCUUACUGGACUGGUUUAGUGGAAACUAUGUUUGCUCUUGGUUCUAUUGCCGGUCUCUAUUGGGGUCGGCUCGGGGACAAGCUUGGGAGGAGGCCAGUUGCGCUUGCGGGGAUGCUCGGUAUGACAAUAUCUUGUGUGGUCAUGGGAUUCAGCAAUGGGCUCGUUAGCUGCGCUCUGAUUAGAGCAUUCGCUGGACUUAUGAGCUCUUCCAUUCGAGUUUCUACUGCCACUAUGAUUGGAGAUGUUAGCGAAACAUCGAGUGCCAAAGCUCGCAAUUUUUCAAGGCUUCCGCUCGUGGCUACUGGAGGGGUUAUCGGACCACUUUUGCAAGCUCUUCUUGCUCACCGAUUCUCGUCAGAUAACAAGAUUUGGAGAACCUUUCCAAUUUUGAGUUCCCAACUGGCUUGUGCGAGUUUGAUGUUCAUCUUUUUCCUUGUCAACUUGAUUUUCCUUCAGGAGACGCUGCCAACCCCAUCAUCAGAAGGGUUUGACGAGGAAACACAGCUGCUCCCUCACUCAAUCGAAUCCUUCACCGAGAAGGACACAUUCCUUGGACAGGCCGAAUACCCUGCAACUCCGCGCCGCCGGGUCACCUGCAGGGAUGAGAGACCAGAGCCCAUCAGAUUUUCUGAGAUUAUGCGUGCCCCGUCUCUAAUGAUCCUCUUGUGCUCAUACUCGUUCCUUUCGCUUCACUCGGCGUCAUUUGAUCAGCUCUUGCCCCUUCUCGGUAACUCUUCCACGGAGCACGGGGGGCUUGGGCUACCAUGCUUCUUCCUGUCUCUUGUUGUACUAUUCGCCGGCAUCGCUGCCGGCAUCGUGAUAUAUUUAGGGUUCGCCAAAUCGGUGCACCGUCUUGGCCUGCUCCAGCUUUACCGGCUCUGCUGCUGGAUAUACCCGGUUAUCUACAUUGCAACCCCCCUACUGUCCAAGGUUGCUGUAAGUUCCGAAGUCGCAGUAUGGAUAUCGUCGGCUAGUUCAAUUUUCACCAAGACGUUGGUCACUGGGUUCGCUCAGACUCUCGUGACUUAUCUUGUUACAAAUGCCAGUCCUGAUGCCUUCAGCCUCGGUAGUAUUAUGGGAGUCAUGCAAGGCGCAAGCGUAUUCCGAAGUCUUGCGCUCGCUGGAACCGGUGUCGCAUUCUCGCUCAGCGAUGAUGUGUCGAUUGAGGCUACCAACUACAUUCUUUGGGCUGCUAUGGCCAUCGUUUCCCUCGGUGGUGCAGCUGUGGCAUACUUUGUGCGCGAUCAUCCUACUGUGCGGGACUACUCUUCUUCUCUCAAGUGGGAGGUUUGCUACGAAUCAUCAGAAGACCUAGCAAUCUAAGCGCUGUCUCGUGAUAAUACCCGGUGCACAGGCACUCAUUCUCUUGCUUUGCCGUUGCCUUUUUCUUUUUACUUACGUAUCGCUUUCCUUUUGUGGUGCAACGAGAGAUAUAGGAAGUCCUACCCUGACUCAGUCACCCAUUCUUCCUUCGGGGGCGGUCCCAGCUUUUGAUACCGUUUUUAACAGCACUUGAGGUGUCGAAGUCGUUUUAUCAACAAAAUUGCUCGACCUUUUUUUCUUCACGUCUGUCUCUAUCUAAAUAUCUCUACUCUUUCCAUUUGGGAGGACCGUUGUACUGCAAUCGGGAUGGUGGUGGUGGUUUAUUGUCUCAUACACUUUAUUUCGACAUUUAGCGCUCUCUUUUAUAUUAGGAUCUGGGAGUGGGGGGGGUUUGUUGUAUUUAAAUAACUUGGGUGUCUCGUCUUUUUCCUUUUACCAUUUUUUUCUUCCUUGGUAUGUUUUCCUAGUGUCUCUUUCCAGCUGUGGAUGUAGCGGUGUUUACUGACUAACAUGAGGUCCCCUCCCUUUUCUUUUUUUUCUCUUUGAAGAGCUCUAUCGUGUAUUAUUAUCAUGAGUUGAAUCUGUUGAAGCAAAAGAAAA